UUUUGCGUGUUUUUGUUUGUACGUUUUGUAGCUAAAAGUGCGGAUACGUUUUGCCGACGCAAUUUUAAUGAAAAACAAAAAAGAAAUGAAAAAGUUUUCUAUCAGAAUCCAGUGUAAUAAAUGCAGAUUUUAAAUAAAAUGCUCUAUAACAAUAAAUAAUACUUAAUAUUUUGCUUAAAACUUAAAAAGAGUGAUAUGUGUUUAUUUUAAAAAUAAAUUUAAAAGUAAAGAAAUUAAAAAAAAAAAUUAACUAAAUCCAUGACCAUGUUACGUUCCAGUAGUCCUGCCAUGUCUGAAAUAUCGGUGGGUUCUCCCAGUCCACCACCACAUUCGGCCACAGCAUCUACAAAUGGUUUUCAUGUUCUCAACAUCAAAAGACUUAGACCCAGUGUGGAAAUAAUACCAACUCCAACAUUACAAUUUCCCCCACCUAUGGCAUUGCCUCAACGUAGAAAAUCCAGUGCGGAGCGUGUUAAAAGUUUUUCUAUAGCUGAUAUACUGGGGAAAAAGGAACAAGAAAAAAGUGCACCUUUGGAAGUAAAACCCAUCAAAAGAUCGGGAACACCACCAUCAAAACCUUUAGCUCUUGCCAGCAUUCCGGUAACACACCAUAUGCCUCCCCAUAUAUUGGCAGAACGUUUACCACCGGCCCCUCUGGCCGCUCCUGCACCUUUGCUAAUGUUAGACUUGCCAGGUAUACACAAAGUUAUACCUACAGCCUGGGAGCCAGCUACAGCCGGUAAUCCCAAUAAUACUUCUCCUCCUACCUUACCCAUACACCAUUUCUUCCCACCUGCUUUACUGCACUAUGAACAACGUUUGGCUUGGGACUAUCAGCGCCAGUUGCAGGAACAUUUCCAAGCACAGGCUCAGCUUUUACGACAAAUGAGUAUGGAUCCUAAUAUUAUACCUUCUGAAGAUGGUUCCGAACGUUCUCGCUCUAGUUCUGCUGGUAGUCAGUGUUACUCGCCUGAGGUAAAUGUAGCCGAAGAUGAUGAUGAUGAUGACGAAGGUGAAGAGGUUGAGGACGGAUCUGUGGGAAAUUCUAGUAGAAAUGAGGAACGUUUACCCGCUAAUAGGGAUGAAAGUGAUACAAAUGCAAAAAAUUCAGAUGAUAAAGUAAAGAAAAGUGCAAAUGAUACUCCAUUGGAUGCUUUGUUUCAGCUAUCAACCAAAAAUUUUGAUGAAGAUCAAG